AUUUAUCCUUUAUCUUUCAUCCUUACUCUCUGUUACCAAAGAUAUUGACUUGACAAAGAACUGAGAUAUAUAAAUCCGCCGAAAUCACCCUCCUGGUCUUCAGAAUUCAGCAGAAACUCAGAUCAAUCCGAACCUGAACAUCUCUCGACACCCAUACCAUCUAACCACUCAAACCUCAGCCCCCGCCACACCGACAUCCAACAUGUCUGACGAUUGGGAAUCCGUCACCAAGAUUGGAAGCAAAGCCCGAGGUGGCGCCUCGCAGCGCGAGACCGUCGUCAAGGGAAAGAGCGCACUCAAUGCCGCCCAGCGGAGCGGCUCCAUCAUCGGCACAGAGAAGAAGUUUGGAGCAGGCAACACAGCCUCCAAACCCGGCGUCGAGGGCCAGCGCCUGACAAAGGUGGACCGGUCCGACGAUAUCGUCAAGCCUAAGACGAUCGGCAAGGAGGUCGGCAACGCCAUCUCCAAGGCGCGCGCCGACUUCCAGCCCAAGGCCCUGACCCAGAAGGAUCUCGCCACAAAGUGCAACACCACCCCUGCCAUCGUCGCCGACUUCGAGCGCGGCACCGCCACCCCUGACCAGAAGGUCCUGUCCGCCAUGGAGCGCGUCCUCAACGUCAAGCUGAGGGGUAGCGACAUCGGGCAGCCCAGGUUUGCGAAGAAGUGAUCUGGUUUCUCUCUCCGGGGGGGGGAAGGACAGGGAACGGGGGGGAUGAUUUUGAGGUUGAGCUAAAAGCGGCUGUGCGAACGCAGUUGCGGAACACCCUUCGACAUUUUAGCUUCGACCUUGGGGAAAUGGCUUUUUAUUGCAGUUGCAUGGCGGAAACGGGUCUCACGGAUAACGAUCAUAUAGAUGUGUGACGGGCAAAAAAAAAACAACUAGACAUUUCUUUCCCUUCCCAAACUACUACUCCUAUUUCCCAUUGUGCAGUUGUGGCAGCCCUACGGUGACCGACUUGAAUCUGGUUGCCAUCCAACACCAAGACACAACAAAUCCCA